UGAAGCAACAGCGUGAUGGUGAAACGAUGUGGAUGUACCCGCCACUGAGUCGCUGAAUAAUCCAUCAAAUCAGCCAUUACUCGGUGAUCACAAUUAACAAGAUGAAUAACACCACAAUGAUCGGUAUUCACCAGUGAGUGAUAAUAUUUUGUUUUGUGUGGCUGUGAUUGUGUGUGUGUGUGUGUUACUGGGGACGCUUUAAAAGUCCCAACACGCGUGGAAUAACACUGUGUUGGUCGGUGGUAAAAUGGCGGCCCCAUUGACUGUCGAACAGGAGCAAGCGACCAAGGAGUUUAUAGAGGCGGUAAACAAAUGUCGAGCUGGUAGACGAGCGAGUCCAGUGUCGUGGAGUACAGCAGUGAAAUUUUUAGCUGCUAGAAAAUUUGAAGUAUCAAGGGCAUUAGCACUUUAUGAACAACAUGAGGCUACUAGACGUCGCGAAGGAUUGGCAACACUUCAACCAAUUCAAGAGCCACUUCUCAGUGAAUUGAGGACUGGAAAAUUCACCGUUUUGUCGUCGAGAGACGGUACAGGUGCGGCAAUUGCUAUUUUUACUGCCCACUUGCAUCUGCCACAGUGCACAACGCAUCAAACUACUCUGCAGGGUGUCGUCUAUCAGCUGGAUGCAGCACUAGAGAGCGCCGAGACCCAGCGCCAUGGACUAGUCUUCAUUUAUGACAUGUCUGACAGCAAAUAUCAGAAUUUUGAUUACGAUCUGUCACAGAAAAUUCUCACCCUGCUGAAGGGUGGAUAUCCAGCUAAACUGAAGAAAGUUCUCAUUGUUACUGCACCGCUGUGGUUCAAAGCACCGUUCAAGAUACUGAGACUCUUUGUAAGGGAAAAAUUGAGGGAUCGAGUUUUUACAGUGUCAAUACCACAGCUGACACUUCAUAUACCACGUGAAUCGUUGCCCAAACGAUUAGGUGGAACAUUGGAGAUACAGCAUGAAGCCUGGCUGUUACACUGUCUCAAGUCCAUGACGAAUCGCGGUGGUGGUGAAUUGUGCGAGGUUGCCCCGCGAGUGGGUAGUCCUCUCUCGCCAACAUCAAAAUCACCAAAUCACCAGAAUGCAAAUGACACACCAACAACCCCAACAAGCCCUGUCUCGGAAAAGCUGAAGAUCAAAAAUGGUGGUGUUACAAUCGGUGACAUUGAGAUAACAAAUGGCGAUUGGAUAGGGAGUGAUGAGGCACCAUCACCCGUUCAGCCCCCCUCAUCAGCGAGUUCGGGUUUCAGUGAUGAUGACAGCCUCCACGGUGAUCCUGGAUUACAAGCCGUCACCAUGGUGCAACUCAUUGAGGCAAUUCAUUCGCGAGGUAGAGCUGGUCUUGUUGCUGAUUACACAGAAAUUCGUCACCGGCCACCGGAUGGAUCUUUCAAUAAUGCCAAGCUUCGGCCAAAUCAGCCGAAAAAUCGUUACACUGAUGUCCUCUGCUACGAUCACUCAAGGGUUUGCUUGUCACAGGUGGAUGGUGAUCCAACAAGUGAUUACAUAAAUGCCAAUUUCGUCGACGGUUACAAGCAGAAAAAUGCCUUUAUCAGUACCCAGGGACCACUGUCCAAAACAUGCGGUGAUUUUUGGCGAAUGGUGUGGGAGCAACAGACACUUGUCGUCGUUAUGACGACUAGAGUUGUCGAGAGGGGGAGAACAAAGUGCGCACAGUACUGGGGGCCUGAGCCUGGGGAUGAGGUAUCGGCUGGAGGCUUUACAGUGACAACUCUAGAGGUGGAUACUAAUGCUGAUUACACGAUAUCCAUGCUACUCCUCACCAAUAACAAGACUGAAGAGUCCAGGGAAGUCUGUCACAUGCUGUACACAGCCUGGCCUGACUAUGGUGUACCACAAUCAGCUGAAGCACUUCUUCAAUUUUUAUCACUUGUCAGACAACAGCAGAAUAAAUUAUUGGCAAGCAGGGGUGAUACAUGGGCGGGACAUCCAAGGGGUCCACCGAUUGUUGUACACUGCAGUGCUGGUAUUGGUAGAACAGGUACAUUCUGCACACUUGAUAUAUGUAUUUCUAGGCUCGAGGACACGGGUACAGUUGAUAUCAGGGGUACUGUUGAAAAAAUACGUGUACAACGUGCAUACAGUAUUCAAAUGCCAGAUCAGUAUGUUUUUUGUCAUCGGGCAUUGGCGGAAUACGCCUUCUCCAGGGGAAUGCUCAGUCAACAGCAUCUUGCCAUGCUACCGCCGACAAUCGAAGAGGAUUCUGAUUAGAAUUUUUUUACCAAAUUAGGGGGUAGGUCGUCUAGUUUUUCAUCCUUAAUCGUUCAGGGUUCUUUUUGACAAGCUGGAGAUCCCAAGGGGUUGGUGGUGGGAAUGACUUGCAGGGGAGGAAAAUUGGGAAAUAAUGUUUUUAUUUAUUGCAGCAAUUCCCAAUUUUUUAUGGAGUUGAUUUUACUUUUGUUGGUUUUUUUGCUGGGAUUUUAUGACGGGGUCCGACGGGGGGGGAAAAAGUUUUGAACGACCUUAGGAUUCGUUCAGAAUUCAAAAAAACGUUGAUCGUGAUCGAUCAAACACAAUUCAAUUUCUUAUCGUCUGUCUCACCCCCACCACCAAAUUCCAUCACUUUUUCUCACUCUUAGUAAUUUUGUAACAGAAAUAAAAAAAUGCUAGCGCCGUACUUUUUGCAAUCGCUGAGUUGUCGUCUAUAACUCUGUAAAUUAAAAGUAUUUUAUACCUGAAAAAAAAGGAUCAAAAAGGCCAGGAGAACAAAUUGAUCGGUAACCAUCAAAUUUUCUAGUCCAGAAAUCAGAAAUUUUAUUUUAUUUCACGAGUGAAAAGAGUGUAGGGUGGGGCAAAAUGAAUACGUUUGAUUUUUCCUCAGAAUUGAUUUGUCAAAAAUGAACACAAUAAAAUUAAUUUUGAUCCAUCGAUCGUCCAAUAAAUUACGAACCUUCAGAAAAAAACAAAAGUCCUCGUAUUGCCCUAUCUCAUGUUCCGAGAAAGAAGAAACUUUUUCAGUGUCGAGCGAGAUUAUCAAUCUCAGGAGAUCUUGUUACAAAGAACGAGAAAGUGGAUCAAAUCAUGUUAUUAAAAAUUAAUUAAAAUUAUCCUGCCAUUGAAAUCAAUUUGCUAAUCCUUGAAGCACACAAUCUGACUGACAAAUUUAGUUAAACAUCAGGUGAAACGUCUAAAUAUUUCGGUUAACAAUAUCAUGCGUUAAAAUGUCCCAUAAGAAUAAAAAUAUUUAUCUCGCAAAGUGGACAUCAGAGAAAAAAAAUUAAGAACAAAGAAUAUAGAUAGUUCAUAUUUUUUUGUUUUAUCUAAACAUCUUUCUACAUUUGAUAUUUUUAUAAUGUGAUAUAUUAACGUGUGAUAUUUCGACAUAUAAAUAAUCGAAAAUCCGAGGUGAUUAAUCUUCCUUCAGCCAGCGUUACAGUGUAUCCAUAACAAAAUAUUGAAGACGCUUCCAAUCGGUUAAAAAACUUCAUGUUCUUUCACUGCAAUAACUGAAUUCCCUAAAAGAAAAUCCCCAAAACUCGGAGGCAAAGAAAAAAUCAACGUUUUUUACGGAAACGUUAUAUUCUUAAUAUUAAAAGCUUCUCAAGCCCAUAAUAGAUUUACUGAGAUCGGUGUAAGAUAAUAGAAACAAACUCUACUUAGUUUUUGCAUCUCUGGAUAAAAAAAAAUAUGAAAAGCAAAAAAAAAAAAAUUACUCGAGGGUGAAUGUGACAAUGUCGAAUUAUUUGUUGAGCCUUGAGGAAAUUUGAGGACUAGUUGCUGUCUGAUGGUGACUUUUUCUGACAUCUGUGAUUCCAAUACAUCUGCUAAACCUGGAGCAAUGAAUCUAAAUAAUAAUUUUAGAUGAUAACAGAGAGAGGAGGAAUAUUUUUCAAAAAAUGGGGGAUUCCAGUAUAUUUUCCGUCGUUGGCUAAUUAUUUAUGUUCUUCCGGGGUGUGGAGGAGUGAACAAGACGUAAAAAUGAGUGAAAUGUCAUUAAGGUUGUUGUCGUGUUAAAUAUUUACUGCAUGUGAAAAAAGUAGCUGCAAAAUUGUCAUUGACUGCGUGAGAUUGUCGGUUUUGAAGUUGAGUUUUUUAACAAUUUUGUAUAGUUUUAGGACUAUUUUUUGCAUUCACUAAAACAGUUGAACUAUUCUAAAUAAAUCGCUACGAAUUACAUUUUUUUAAUCAAUGGCUACCUUGGAAGAAUUCACAUAAUUAAGAAUAGUAAAAAAAUUAAUCGAUUGACCCUUUUGUUUCCGAAAAAUAAUUACAACAAGUUUGUAAAUUUAAAACAUUAAUCUGUCCAUACACAAGGCAAUCAAUUAAGUGAGACUGUGUAUACAUAAACUUUCUACAGACACUGUCGCACGACAACAACCUUAAAUGACGCGUGCAACAAAAUUCAUAACAUAUUGAAACUUCGAUUUUUUAAAAUAAAAUUAUUAAGCCCAAAUUUUCGAGAAAAAAAAUUGAAAUUUUAGCAGUAGAAUCUGGAUUGCCCGUUGACUUUCUUACAAAAAAAUGUGACUACAUUUGCAAUCAUGUAUUGAGUAUUUAUACAUUUGUUAUAAUCCAACUAAAAUGUCUUUCCUUUGUUUUCAUAAAAAAAUCAACAAAUUGACGAUGGAAAUCGUAGAAACGAUGUCCGAAACUAAUUCAUACGAGAAAAUGAGUUUUCGUUGGGCUUUAUGACAUCAUAACUUCGAUGUUAAAAUCCUCAAGUUUAUUCCCUGUCGAAUUUCAUUGAGAUAAUUCUUUAUUAAAAAAUAAUCAUCCAAGUGAAGAGGUCUGACAUGAUAACUCGAGCGAGGCAAGAAUAAUCCAUGAAAUGAAUUAAAUGUACAGAAUGUAUGAGAAAUUCAAUUCGUGAGAAUACGAGAAAAAUCCAAUCUAGUAAAAUAAAAAUGUAAUUAGUUUUUUCAUACGAAAAAACCACCAACGUAUGCAGCAUUUACAGUCUUGCAUAUUGAAUAUUUGUAUAUCCGUUAUGACUUCAUAACUUCAAUGUGAAAAUCUGCCCCCUCGUCCCAGCAGAAUCUAAUAAAAAGGAUGUUUUAUCGACAAAAAGACGUCCAAACAAAUGUUAUCACACAAAAAAAAUUAAGGUUGUUGUCCUGUAAAAUAUUUUCUCGACAGUUUUUGUUUAAAUUAUCAGUACGAGCGGUUGAAAAGAAUUAAGUAAAAACCAACGGCACAAUUUACAUCAUCGAAUACAGUCAAACAAAAUUAAUGGAUUGACCGUUUAGUCCCUUAGUCUGAUCCAUUAGACAUCGCAUAAACUUUUCACAGAGACUGUAGCGCGACAACAACCUUAAGUGAGGAAUGAUUCACGAGGAUAAAGUGGAAAUGUACAGAAUGUAUGACAAAUACCGUUUGUGAGAAUAAUUUACUUCAUUAUACGAAUACGAAAGCUUUCGUUUCACGAGCGAGAGUCCCAAGGGCAUCCUUUAUUCACUAAUCAAUCAAUCAAUCGAAAAGAGUGGAAUGUAUUUGCAGAUUAUCGAAGUGAAAUUUGUUCAGAAAUUUAUAAUUGACGAUUUCAACGAGAAAUUUCACUUCAGACUACACGACACUGAUAAUUCAAUGGAGAGACUAGUGCUUUUACAUCGAAAUUCGAUAAUUCUGUCGAUUUUUAUAUUUUACCCAGAAUUAUUGCACUGAAAUUCUAUUGAAUCGAAUCGAUAAGUGACGGAACCACUCUACAUUAUACUUACGUAAUCAAUCGAUUUAUUUAUUGUAAAUUUGUCUAAGUUAGAAUCGAACCGCUUGAACAAUAUUUUCUUCUCAAUGUUUUCACUGUAAUUCAUGAUCAGUAUUCAACACAAUUUUAAUCAUAAUAUUUUGAUAAUCACGUGCAUGAGAAAUAAUUGAAUGUGAAAAUGACCGACUUUCAAUGAAAUUGUAUUAGUUGUCCAUGAGUUUUAGUAAAUACUCGAUUUCGUGGAAUUUUUACAGAGAAAAAAAUCAACAAAUUCCGAUCAUAUUUUGAUUUUUUUUUUAUUCAUAACAAAAUUGAAAUCCCUUGAAUGAAAAUUCUAGCUAUUUUUAAUGCUUUUUUUCACCGAAAUUGCAAUGAAAAAUCAAUGGGAUUCUCACACAAAUGCUCUGGGUUUUUUCUCUGAUUUGUCUAUCGUACGUGAAACUCUCCCAAUAAAUAUGAAAUCGACAUGGACGAUAACUCGAUUAAUUCCAUUUCACUGCUGUCAUUAUUUUAUUAAUGUAUGUUUGUUAUUGAACUGUACUACGAUAUUAAUUAUACAGUGUAAGUACUUCUGUCGCUGUUUUUUUUUGUUCAACUCGAAACGUGAAUGAGGAACGAGAAAAUUCUGCGUUUAACGAAAUGACGAGUCCACCAGAGAAUCGAUUAACGGAAGAGAUUUUUUCUCGAUUUUUUUGGUAGAUUUAAAGAUCAAAAAACAAGGGAGAGACGGAAAUUUGUGAAUUUUUAGAUCUUUUUUAUAUUUAAAUUAAGAAUAUCACAAAAUUAUUGCAUAAAAGAUGAAUGAGAACGUGAACAAAUUGUAGUUGUUCAAAUGAUGUGUGGAAAAUGUUUGUGAAGAGUGAAAUAAUGGAUAAAAGUUGUAUAUACAUGACCUCGAAAUAGCUAAUGGCACAUAUUGUAUCUCUAAUAAUUAUUUAAUAUAUUGCAGAUAUAAAUGGA